AAAUUAACAAAUACUUCAAUCAGAAAAAAAAAAACACAAACACACACACACAAAUCGAAAUUAUGGAAAGAUUGCAGAGGAUGUUCGCCGGAGCUGGUGGCGCGUUAGGCCACCCGCCACCAGAUUCACCGACUCUAGAUACAUCGGAGCAAGUUUACAUCUCUUCACUUGCUCUAUUGAAAAUGCUCAAACAUGGGAGAGCUGGAGUGCCGAUGGAAGUUAUGGGAUUGAUGCUAGGGGAAUUUGUGGACGAGUAUACGGUUCGCGUUGUAGAUGUGUUUGCCAUGCCUCAAAGUGGGACGGGGGUCAGUGUUGAAGCUGUUGACCCUGUUUUUCAGACUAAAAUGCUUGAUAUGCUUAAGCAAACUGGAAGACCUGAAAUGGUGGUGGGAUGGUACCAUUCACAUCCUGGAUUUGGUUGUUGGUUAUCGGGAGUUGACAUCAAUACACAACAGAGUUUUGAAGCCUUGAAUCAGCGAGCUGUUGCUGUGGUAAUCGAUCCAAUCCAGAGUGUUAAAGGAAAAGUGGUCAUAGAUGCUUUUCGCCUAAUCAACCCUCAAACCAUGAUGCUUGGACAAGAGCCCCGUCAGACAACUUCCAAUCUUGGACAUCUCAAUAAACCAUCUAUUCAAGCAUUGAUCCAUGGUCUCAACCGCCACUACUACUCGAUAGCCAUUAAUUAUAGGAAGAAUCAACUUGAGGAGAAGAUGCUAUUAAACCUUCACAAGAAGAAGUGGACUGAUGGAUUGACACUUGAACGAUUCGAUACACAUUCUAAGACGAAUGAACAGACUGUCCAGGAAAUGCUGGGGCUAGCUGUCAAAUAUAACAAGGCCGUUCAAGAGGAAGACCAAUUAUCUCCAGAGAAACUAGUAAUUGCAAAUGUCGGAAGGCAGGAUGCAAAAAAGCAUCUGGAGGAGCAUGUCUCCAACUUAAUGUCAUCCAACAUCAUUCAGACCCUUGGUACCAUGCUCGACACAGUUGUCUUCUAACUUCAACAUAUAUCAAUGUAUUUUCACCUUAAUGUCUUUCUAGCAAGUGAUUCUAGAGAACAUGUCUUUGUUUAUCAAAACUAUGAUGCCUGUACUGAGAUUUUGAUCUAAAAUCUUACUGUAAUAUUUUUCUUUUCA